AAAAUUCUCCCAUAACUUAAAUUAGACUGUAAAAGGCCUCUUUGUGGGUCAUCCCUUCUAUAUACUCUUAUAUCAUUGCCACACUCAUUUCCUUAGCUCUAAAACAUCAACAAAUUAUUAUGAAACUGAAAUUUUCUAACUCAUUCACUGCCCACUUUAGUUUCUUGCUUUAGUUUUUGAGUUUUCUUGAACUCAUUUCUCAUUUUCUUUUCUUGUUUUAGGGUUUUCUUGAUUUUUUUAGGGUUUCAGUUUUGUUUCUUGAUUAACAAUGAUUGUAAACAAAAAUGUAGCCAACGCCGUCGGUGGCAAAACGGCGAGAGCUUGCGAUAGCUGUAUACGAAAGCGCGCUCGGUGGUACUGUGCUGCUGAUGAUGCUUUUCUAUGCCAAUCUUGCGAUUUAUCUGUUCAUUCAGCUAAUCCGUUAGCUCGGAGACAUGAACGAGUUCGUUUAAAGAUUGCUUCUCUUAAAUCUUUAAACGUAUCUUCGAAAGAAAAUUCCACUUCAGUGCCUUCUUGGCAUCGAGGAUUCACCCGAAAAGCAAGAACGCCGCGAAAUCACGGGAAUAAAUCUCUAUUUUCGCUCUCUAAAAUCGAAGAAAAAUUAAAGGACUCACUUCCAAUCGUGCCGGAAGUGGGCUCGGAUGAUCAGAAUUCUCAGGAAGAUAAUAAUGAAGAAGAACAGUUGCUUUAUAGGGUUCCGAUAUUCGACCCUUUUGUCGCUGAAUUAUGCAGUAAUUCAAGAAUUACUGUCUCAAAUGAAGAAAAACUGAAUUAUUCAGCUGGUACUGUUGCUCCUGCUGAUGAUAAUAAUGAUGGAGCUGAAUCAAAGGGUUGUUAUAAUUUGCAAGGAUUUCUCCCAUCGGAGAUGGAUCUUGCUGAGUUUGCUGCGGACGUCGAGAGUUUGCUUGGUAGAGGUCUUGAAAACGAAUCUUUUGGAAUGGAAGAUUUAGGGCUUGUGGAUUGUAAAGAAAUUUGUAGUAGUAAUAAUGAAGAAUUUGAAGGAAAAGUGAAGCUUGAGGACGAAGUAAUUAGAGAAUGUGAUCAUGUCGACAACAUGGAGAUUGACUUGGAAAAAGAAGCUCCGUUUGAGUUGAGCUUUGAUUAUGAUUCUGCUACUUGUGGAGAGGAAGAUGAUCGGAAAAUCGGGACCGAUGAGAUGGAGUUAAAGAAUAUCGAUUAUGGAGACUAUGAAGAUGAUGGUGAAAAUAAGAAGAGUAGUAAUAUUAAGAAGAAGAGAAGAAAAAUUCUGUUGAAUUUGGAUUAUGAAGCUGUAAUGACAGCUUGGGCAAGCCAAGGAACUUCUCCUUGGACUAAUGGACACCGGCCGGAUAUCAAUCCCGAUGAGUGUUGGUCGGACUACACGGAGAUUUAUGGGGUUGAAUAUCAAAAUCCGUAUGGAGAUUUAAAUUGUCUAGGCGGAGGAGGAGGGGGCGGAAACCCGGCAAUGGCGGGUGGAGGCCGAGAGGCACGGGUUUCUAGGUAUAGGGAAAAGAGAAGAACAAGAUUGUUUUCGAAGAAAAUAAGAUACGAGGUGAGGAAAUUGAAUGCAGAGAAAAGGCCCAGAAUGAAAGGCAGAUUUGUAAAGAGGACACCCUUUUCAGGAGCUGCUUUUCCUAUACAUACCAAAUAAAUUUUAACUGCUAAAUUUUGCAAAUUAGCUUUUGUACCUAGCAGCUUAUAAUUCAAUUUAAAUCUAUUAAUUAGGCCUUUUAGUUA